AUGCUUCGGGCGUUUGAUGCUACUGGUGUUUUCCGUUCACCAGCGAGCCCGCAGUGCUAUUUGGCGGACAUUUGGCUGUCCGAAGUGUCUGCUCGCCAGGUUACAGAACUGGCGGGCAGCUUGAACGAGACCAUAAUGGCGUAUUGGACAGACUGCUUCGGCGUGCGGGUGACUGCGAUUUUGCGAGCCGUGGACGGAGCCAACUUCGAGACUCGGCUCGAUUGCCCCGCGCCAGAGUCGACCACGUCGGUCAGUCAAGCGUUGAAUAUCCCAGCCUCCAGCGCCGUCUGCGCCGCUGACUACUACUAUCUACUGCCGACAAGUACACCACCGCAUGAGGUCGCCGCCGCCCAGCUCCCUCUCGAAGCAAGACGUCCCCGCCGUCUACCUGGAGACGUGACUUCGUCCUGUUCGUCUCUCGUCGACCGCGGCUUCACCCCCCUUCCCCCCCAUCCCGCUCUCCGUCGCUGCUUUCUCCGCCCUCUCAACCCUCUCUCGGGUGCCGCUGGCUGCCCCAACCGUCGGGCAUCGUCCCCAGCCAGAACUUCACUACUCCGGCCUGCACCCAACCUCCGAAGCCCUUCGCCGCACCUCCUCGUGACCACCGAGUGA